CAUCAGCGGUGAAUAAGAAGCACAUGACGAUUUAAGUAAUAAAUCUGUACAAACGAAGAUGAAUACGAGAACAAUGAACGGAGGACAUAGUGAUAUGAAGAAACACCCAAAGACUCAUUAUUGAAGACAAUGAAAGGACGCAGCCCAGCAAAGCGUGGUGGACGAGGUCGAGGUCGGGGAGCCAGGACUGCUGUCACUGUAGACAUUGUUGGUGAAAUCACAGAUGAGGCAACUGCUGAAACUUCUAAUCAAGGUUUAGAGACAAAUAAUGGAAUAAACAAUGAAAUUAAAGCUGGGAUUGAAAUAGUGCAAGUUGAUACACCAAGCCCAGAGAGAAGUCAAGAUGAUGAGAGAGAUAUGGAGACAAAUGAUAAGCAGAAAAAUGUGAAGAGUGAAGAAGAUAUGGAUGAUGUUGAAGGUGACAUGGGUGGGGACAGCGACAUAGAGAUGUGGGAGGUGACGGACGAAAUAACAGCUGAGGAGGAGGUGGGGACCCAACAAGCUGAUGAAGAAAAGAGCGAUAAAGACCAAAAUGCACCUGCGAAAGCUAGUCAAAGCAGUACUGAUCUAGAGAAGAUUCCUACCAUCAAAGUUGAAGCUGGUCUAGAAACAAAGGAAUCUGUUGAAUCGAAAAAUGUUGGACCAAAAGAUGAUAAUAAUGUUGCUAGCAAAACUGAUCAAGGAAAGUCUGACUCUGAAAAAUUAGAUGCAGAUGAAUCUGAUUCAGCUAAAGAGGUUGCAAAGACAAAUAAUGAGAAGCAGUCUGUGAAAUCAGAUGAUAGUAUAAUAGAAGCUGGAAGAUCAGAUGAAAAAUCAGAAGCUGAAAUGAAAGAUGAUAUACCGCCAAAAGCUGGCCAAGAGGCUGCAAAUACAGCUGCUGGAAACGAGGAUGAGAAAAAUCAAUCUGGUAAAUCUGAUGAUGACCGAGAAGCAGACAACAUGGAAUCUAAAACAGAGGUUGAGAAACCUAAACCUGGAGAAGCAAUUACACAAUCUGAAGAUUUUAAAUCUGAAGCAGGAAAAGAUGCUGGAAUAUCUGAAGAUGGGAGUAAAAGUGGAAAAUCAGAGGAUGGAACGGAGGUUGAGAAAUUGGAAGAUGUGAAAUCUGGAGCUGGUAAAUCAGAGGAUGGAAAGCAGGCGGAUAAAUUGGAAGAUGGAAAAUCUGUGGCUGGUAAAUCAGAGGAAGGGAAAGAGGCUGAGAAAUUGGAAGAUGGAAAAUCUGGAGCUGGUACAUCAGAAGCUGGAAAGGAGGCUGACAAAUUGGCAGACGGAAAAUCUGGGGCUGGUUCAUCAGAGGAUGGCAAUGAGGCUAAGAAAUUUGAAGAUGGAAAGUCUGGGGCAUGUAAAUCAGAAGAUGGGAAGAAUAAUUGGAGGGAUGUAGCAAUGUCAGAUAAAUUGGAAGUUACAGAUGCUGCUGAUGAUGUCAUGGUAAUUGAAGACUCUGAUUCAGAGAGUGGCCAGGCAGGAAGCCAAGCUAAAGACAAAAAAGGGAAAACAACCAUUAAGAAGGAGAAGAAGCAGCCUGAUGGGGAUGGAAAGGAGGCCGAAGUUUCAACAAGCCAGAAAACUGAGCCAGUGGUGGUGAAAGAAUCAUUGAGACCGAUGCCGGCCAUACUGAAAAAAGUGCAACAGUUGACAGUGAACAUCGGGCCGAUCCAGGUGCUAGACCUUGCCUCCUCCCAGCUCAUACACGUCCUCUCACUCAACCCCACUUUCGAGAUCAAGUUUGAGUCUGUUGAGAAAAAAGCCGAGAAGGGCGAGACUAGAACUGAGAGCAGGGGUAUGGUGCGGGUGCCCUUCCAGAUCCAGACUCCCAUGAAGCUGAUUAAGGUGGCAGGUGCUCUCAGCAGCCUAAACAUUAAUGGUCGCGACAUGUCCAUGAGGUUCCCUGACUCCUUCAACAAGGCUGUCGAUGAAUGUAAACAGUGGCAAGAAGAGAAUGUGAAACUGAAGCAGCAGAUGGAUAUAAAGCUAAAGCAACGUCGAGCAUUUGUGAGGAAUUUUCCGACUGAUAUGACAGAAGAGCAGGCCAAGGAAUGGUUCCCCACAGUUGAGAAAAUAAUCUUUCAGAUGGGAACCAACCUGAACGGAGAAGAAAGCCUUCUGAAUGUACAUCUGGAAUUUGGCACCAUAAAGAAGUUGGAUGAAUUCCUCUCCGGAAAGAAAACGCCAAAGGUUGAGGCCCUAAAAAUUACGUUUUCACGGCUCACAGGAAACACAAAGAAAAAUGAAGCAAGCAAAGAUCGUAAGAUGGAUGCAAGCAAAGAUCGUGGUAGAGGCCGAGGGUUUGUGGAGAGGGGUCGAGGUAAGGGCCGUGGAUGGGGUUGGGGGCGCGAAAUUGAUCUCCCAGAGGGGGCUGACCUUAGUAAGACCCUGGAUACACUAUACAACAAGGACUUCACGGACUCAAUCGUCAACAAGGCAGCAGCAAAUGUGAUGAAACGCACACAACAAGGGUUCCGAAAAAGGGGCAGUUACUUUGGAAGAGCAAGGGGUCGAGGGAUGACGGCUAUGGCAGCCAGAGGGCGCGGCAGAGGGGCAUUCGGUCGAGGAAUGGUGGAUAUGAGAGAGAGGAGUGAUUUGUCACCUAGAGGUGGAAAUGUAAAGAGAAAGAGAGUUGCGCAUCCAGCCCAUACGGCAUUUGAUAAUAAAUCAGAGAGGCAGAACGAGAAGGAUUACUAUCACCAGGACCCAAAACGGUCUCGUCGACAAUCAGGGUCCAGGGAUGGGGGACUGCGGGGUGAUGACAUUUUCAGGCGUUCACUGUCAACUGACCUCUACAAGCAUGAGGCGUCCAGGCAGGGUCACUAUAGACAAGACCCACCCAGACAUAUGAUGUCACCCAGACAUGAAAUGGCUGGAGGACAAAAUGAGGCCAUGGCUAUGAUUGCUAAGCUACAGUCAAAACUGGACAAUGUGGAAAAACAGCUAGCUGUGAAAAGUGACAACCGAGGAUUGCAGAGUACUGGCCGUGAAAGUGAUGUGUAUAGACAACCAGGAGCAUCAGUGGGAUCCCCUCAACGCAAGUCACCAAUGGCCCCACCCCGUCAGGUCAAGGGCAACUUGAGUUCUGGACAAAAGCCAAGGUUUGGUCAACCAACACAAACACAACAACCAAGAUUUGGUCAACAAGCACAAAAUCAGCCAAAUCAAGGUCGAAAAGGGCAAUUUGGUCAGCAAGCAGGAGGUCAGAGAGCACAAAAUCAGCAAUUUGGUGCACAGAAAAAUCAGCAAAGAGGUGGCCAAGAUCAAAAAAAUGUUAAUCGGGGUGGCCAGAUGACACAAGGUCAGCAAAGACCUGGCCAGAGCCAGCAAAAUAAACAGGGCGGUCAGAUGGCUCGAAGCCCAGCAAACCAAGGUCGUGGUCAACAAUCACAGCAGAGGCCAGGUCAGCAACUAACAAACCGUUCUCCAGCUGGAAGGGCAGGCAGGGGCAUAUCAAAACAACAGAAGCAGCCCCAGCAACAGUGGGGCUCCCAAAAAAGUCAGUUCCAGGGUGGAACAGGAAGGGGAGGGGCCACACAAAACAAGAGACCAAUGAAGAGAGGUUCCCAAUAUGAUGCUGACCAGCCUGAACAUAAGAGAAUGCACAUGGAUGACAGAUCAGAUUUCAGAUCAAGACAGAGAGAUGACUUAGGGUAUGAAGACACUUUUCAACCAAGUAGCUCUUAUGGCAACCAAAGGUCUCAACAACUUGGUUACUAUGACAACCAAGGUCAGAACAGUAGUCGUAGCAACCGAGCUGGAGAAGCAGAAAAGUUGAAAGAUGACCUUGAAGGCAGGUUCCUUGACUCUGACCUUGACAGACGUUACCGUGGAGAGGAACGUUACCGUGACAACCUGGCACUGGAUGAUCAAAGAAACCAGACCGGUUUCCAACACAGGCAUUCCAUGUACCAAACUGGAAUGGAUCAAGCUGCUCUUAGGGGCCAUCAAGCUCCUGCCUAUCAAAAUCAAUUUGAUGACCAGCAAUUGAUGGCUUCCCGAAGUCAAGCAACCUACUUUGAUUCUAGGCCACAAGAUGACUGGGCAGGCAGGGGCUAUAGUGGAUAUUGAGAAUACAUCUGGUGUUGAUAUGCACCUUUAUAUUCGUUAAAACCCUUGUCUUGGAAAAUAUCUAGUUGCAUUCAAAUACUACUUGAAGGACUGACCAUAUGGUAGUCCUUUCUGUUACAUUUUUAAGGAAAUAGCGGAUGUGUUUUACAUAUUGGUUAUACAUGUACAUGUAAGUGCAUUAUGCUUUGCAGGUAGAGUUUUUAAAGACCUUAAACAUCAGUUUUUAAUGCAGUCUGUUUAUGAUUGAACUAUUCCUUGUUUUACAAAAGCAGUAAAAGUAGUUAAUUAUACUUGUCUAUAUGUAUGUGUGCGUAGGAGAACCAGUUGGUCUUGUUUGAUUGUAGGCAUCUUUUGUUAGCUGAAAGGUGUUAAUUGUGGACAUACUUUUUAAUGUUAUAUAUUGUGAAAUGUUAAAUAUACAACAAGGAAUGUUGUAAUGUUAUAAUCCAAUCCUGUAUGUAACUCAAGUUGUCAUAUUAAUCAAAGCCAGUUUGUCAUAUUUUCGGACUUGGGUGUUUUUAGAUUAUAUGUUCUAAACUAAAAAAGAUAUGGGACAAAUUUAUUAUGUGUUUUCUUCGUAAUGUUUUUAGGACUUCUCCAAAUAUAGUAAGACUUUGCGCUAGUAUGAUUUCUCUUGUCAUCCUGUUUAUAUGAUAGCUUCAUUGGUUUUUCAUAAACAAUGUUUUGUUGUACAAAUUUUCAUGGCAUACAUGAUGAUGCAUUUUAUGAGAAAAUAAAUCCUAUUACCUGUUGUGAUAACAUUCUA